CUUCCAGUCCUCUGUGCCCUAAAACACAUUUUGUCAAUAGAACUGCAUUUAACUUUCUUGCUGUAUUACUGUAUGUUUUAUUACAGCACACUGAGCCAUAAGGAAUUCAGGUUCAUCUAUCCAGUACUGCCAUUCUGCAUGAUUUUUUGUGGAUAUUCUUUGAGAUACCUGAAAGCAUGGAAGAGAACUGCAGCAAGUUUCCUGCUGUUAUCCAAUUUAGUGCCAGCCCUGUACACAGGCUUGGUUCACCAGCGGGGCACUCUGGAUGUUAUGAGUCACAUCCAGCAGCUCUGCAAUCACUCUCAGCAGUCCCAAGCUUUUGUCUUCAUCCUGAUGCCGUGCCACUCUACCCCAUUUUACAGUCAUGUUCACUGUCCUCUAAAAAUGAGAUUCCUUCAGUGUCCCCCAGACCUAAGUGGCAACGCGAGCUACGUUGAUGAAGCAGAUGUGUUCUACUCUAACCCACUUGGCUGGCUGAAUAGGGAGUUCUACAAUGACACAUUAUUACCCAGUCACUUGAUCCUCUUCAAUGUGCUAGAACAGGAAAUAUCAUCAUUUCUAGCUUUAAGGGGCUAUGAGAAAACAGCCACUCUGUUUCAUACUCAUGUACCUGAAGGACGAGUUGGAAGCCACAUCUCCAUCUACAGGAGAAAAACUGAAAUGAAUUAUCCCUGAAGAUCAGGCUGGACCUCAGAGCUAUUGAGAUCAGGUUUGCAUAUCAGUAGCUAUGCUUACACCUGGUACUGCAGAAAGGAGAAAGCAGUGAGUCUGAAACUGGGGGGGUCAGUGGGAAUGAGGCAGCCAGUGGCUGCCUGCAAACACAUAAACCUCCUCCUGAAGGCAGCUUCAGUAGCAGUAGGGCAGGAUGGGGCUGCUGACCUACCUUACAACACUAGAAAACAUUGGGAAGACCAAAAUUACCAUAUGAAUGUUAAAGCAAUAAAAUACAGACAAGACUGGACUGUUUUUAUAGAACUGUACAGCUAUGCUGAGUUUUUUUAUAAAUAAAGACUUUUACCCACAA